AGAUGAGGAGAGCUAGAGUUUGGGUUCAAGGCAGAGGCAGUUGAACUAGAUUGAGCUGCUUCUGCCGCUCGUUUCGCUUCUGGCAAACCACGCUUCGGGCAGAUGGAAAACAUGGAAUAGCUGGGGGGAAAUCUCGCGAACCAAUGGCGAUGAAAAGGUGUCCUCAUCACUUCGUGGCAGAAUCACAAGGUUAUCACCUGGACUUCACACCCCAUAUUGUCAUGGAAUAGACAGUGCUAGACUAGACUGAUUUCGUAGAACCGUAGCUCUUCACGCCUCGUAGCGUCGUACCGCACCAUAUUGCCCACUUCAAACAUCGCAGCACUAUUUCUCCCGCUUCGUAUCGUCGUUAGUAGUGGCUUGGAUUGACAGAUCUUAGUUCCGUGGCGUAUCUUACAUUCUCAUUCAUAGCUAAUAUUGGUCGCGACUCAGAGAUGAAUUUCAUGACUUAUGCUACUCGCGACUCUGAUUUCUAUUCCGGCGUAUGGAGGCCUAAAAUCUCAGUACGGUACCUAAGGUCUCAGUACGGUACCUAAAAUCUAUGUCCUCAGGCCAUAGUUAGCAGCAGUAGCAUGCUAGCUCGCAGCUCGUAGAUUGUACGCCUCACUCCGAAAUGCUUGCUUGCCAUGCGUUAGCCCUAUCGUUGCCUCAACCCGAAAUGCUUUUCAGUGCCCUAUAUCGCAGCCCGGCAUCGAGCUCUAAUCUCGUCGUAGCCCUAAUUUCGGCGCAGGCCUGAACCAAUCGCAGCGACAAUAUCGAGCUGACGAGCGGAGACGAGGCGCUGACUCGCAGACCUACUUGGUGACCUGCGGUGGGUCUGCUACCGCUUGACCGGUCUAUUGCGAGGGAAGGGACGGAUCGCGGUAGGUAAGAGAGGGCGGGGGAGUGAGUAGUGGGGAGGGGAAGGGAGGGAUGAAGCGUGGGGAAGAGACGAAGGGAGAACAGAAGUGGGAGGGUGCGAGGGGGAGGGACUGUUUUCUGCAAGAGCAUGACUGCGAGCCUAGGCCUUAUCCUCUUUUUUCACCCCCGUUCCCGUUCCUCUUCCCCUUCCCCCUUCGUUCACCCCAUCAUCCCCCCGUUCACUCACUGCCCAUCCCCUCUGCCGUUCACCCCUCAUCCCCCCCUUCACUCACCUCUCAUCCCCCCUCCGUUCACCCCUCAUCCCCCCUUUUCCCCCCUUGCACCCUUCAUCCCCGUGUUGCUCACCCCCCUUUUCCCCCCUUGCACCCUUCAUCCCCGUGUUGCUCACCCCCCUUUUCCCCCCUUGCACCCUUCAACCCCGUGUUGCUCACCUCCCUUUUCCCCCCUUGCACCCUUCAUCCCCGCGUUGCUCACCCCCCUUUUCCCCCUUGCAUCCUUCAUCCCCCGUCCCCCCUCUCUUCUUCCCCUCGUCACGAGGCCCUGGACUAUACAUGCAUGCACUCAGUGCGUUUGGGCUGGUUCGAACAUUGCGCCUCUUCCUCCCAGCCCCUCUCCACCUCCCGGGACCGUUGCUCUCUAUGCUAUGCUCUCUGCAGUAACCUCACCCAUCCCAUGUCAUAGCCCAGGGACUACGCUCAUGCAUCAUGGUCUGGCUUUAGGCCCUUGUGGCGGUAGUUGUCGCAUAUGCUGGAUACAUGUGUCAGUCAGAGCCCUAACAUGAGCCAACAGGAUGGGCUGAGUUCUUGCACAUUAUUUCUGCGCAUUCAAGGAAAGUCGUAGUUCUAACCAAGAUCAUUGUUGUGUAUUGGUAUACAUAGUCCAUGUUUGAUGCAACACCACACCU